GCCCCCUUGCUUUGCGCGCGCGCUGACCCGCAGCACAGCUGUCUUUGGGGACGCCAGCAACCCAGUGGACGCACCGGAGUUUGUGCCUGAGGCUAAUCUGCUCUGAGAUAGCUGUCCCUUUGAACUGAAACAGGCACCGCUCCUCUGAUCCCGAGCCCAACUCCCAGCCACCAUGCUCCUACUCUUGUUGGGGAUCCUGUUCCUGCACAUCGCGGUGCUAGUGUUGCUCUUCGUCUCCACCAUCGUCAGCCAAUGGCUCGUGGGCAAUGGACACACGACUGAUCUCUGGCAGAACUGUACCACAUCCGCCUUGGGAGCCGUCCAACACUGCUACUCCUCAUCAGUGAGCGAAUGAUUCUCCAGAAAAAGCCACAGUGUCAGGGAAAGACACAUAUUAGUGGUGGUUGGCCCCUCAGACAUCACUGCAUUGCUUCAACUGAGAAAGAAAUCAGCGGCAUGUAUUGUUGUGGUGAAAGAGCACAGGAGUCAGGAGUCGGGGCUCCAGGGAUGUGACACCCAGACUCAUCAAACACCUCUGGAAAUCUCUUUCCGAGCAAUCAAGCUAGAAUGGCUGCAGUCUGUCCAGGCCACCAUGAUCCUGUCUGUCAUCUUCAGCGUCCUGGCUCUGUUCCUGUUCUUCUGCCAGCUCUUCACUCUCACCAAAGGCGGCCGGUUUUACAUCACUGGAUUCUUCCAAAUCCUUGCUGGUCUGUGCGUGAUGAGUGCAGCGGCCAUCUACACAGUGAGGCACAGUGAGUGGCAUGUCAACACUGACUACUCCUAUGGCUUCGCCUACAUCCUGGCCUGGGUGGCCUUUCCCCUAGCCCUCCUCAGUGGUAUCAUCUAUGUGAUCCUGCGGAAACGCGAAUGAGGCGCCCGACGACGCACCGUCCGUCUAGGCUCUGAGCGCGCAUAGGGUCCACAGGGAGGGAGGAAGGAAACCAGAGAACAAAACCAACCAACCAAAAAAGAGCUAGCCCCAAACCCAAACGCAAGCCAAACCAAACAGAACGCAGUUGAGUGGGGAUUGCUGUUGAUUGAAGAUGUAUAUAAUAUCUAUGGUUUAUAAAACCUAUUUAUAACACUUUUUACAUAUAUGUACAUAGGAUUGUUUUGCUUUUUAUGUUGACCGUCAGCCUCGUGUUGAAUCUUAAACAACUUUACAUCCUAACACUAUAACCAAGCUCAGUAUCUUUGUUUUGUUUCGUUUUUUUUUUUAAUCUUUUUGUUUUGCUCAGACAUAAAAACUCCACGUGGCCCCCUUUCAUCUGAAAGCAGAUACCUCCCUCCCACUCAACCUCAUAGGAUAACCAAAGUGUGGGGACAAACCCCAGACAGUUGAAGACCUUUACACUAUGGGUGACCCAGUGCAUUUAGCAGGAGUAUCCACUGCCCGAAUCCAUGUGUGAAGCCCUAAGCACUCACAGACGAAAAGCCCUGACCGGAACCCUCUGCAAAAACAGUAAUAGCUGGUGGCUCCUGAACACUUGACCCUGUAGACGGAGUACUGGGGCCACACGUUUAAAUGAGAAGUCAGAGACAAGCAAUCUGUGAAAUGGUGCUAUAGAUUUACCAUUCCUUGUUAUUACUAAUCGUUUAAACCACUCACUGGAAACUCAAUUAACAGUUUUAUGCGAUACAGCAGAAUGGAGACCCGAUACAAACGGUUCAUAACUGCUUUCAUACCUAGCUAGGCUGUUGUUAUUACUACAAUAAAUAAAUCUCAAAGCCUUCGUCAGUCCCACAGUUUUCUCACGGUCGGAGCAUCAGGACGAGCAUCUAGACCCUUGGGACUAGCGAGUUCCCUGGCUUUCUGGGUCUAGAGUGUUCUGUGCCUCCAAGGACUGUCUGGCGAUGACUUGUAUUGGCCACCAACUGUAGAUGUAUAUACGGUGUCCUUCUGAUGCUAAGACUCCAGACCUUUCUUGUUUUUGCUUGCUUUCUCUGAUUUUAUACCAACUGUGUGGACUAAGAUGCAUCAAAAUAAACAUCAGAGUAACUCA